GGCAACUUGACGGUACGUUUGUUUAUUAUUGUGAUCUCGCGUCCACGGUCGACAGAAAGCAGAAUUAUUUACACAAUCGCAGAAAAUCUACGUAAUCGAGGUUCAUUUUCAUCCAGAAAUACUUGAAAUCGAAAUAAAAGAUGUCUAUCGGUGUACCUAUCAAGGUUUUACAUGAGGCAGAGGGACAUAUCAUCACUUGUGAAACGAAUACAGGAGAAGUCUACCGUGGAAAGCUCAUCGAAGCCGAAGACAACAUGAACUGCCAAAUGAUGCACAUAACUGUCACUUAUCGCGACGGACGAGUCGCACAGCUUGAGCAUGUUUAUAUCAGGGGAAGCAAAAUUAGAUUUUUCAUCUUGCCUGAUAUGUUGAAGAAUGCUCCCAUGUUUAAGAAAGCCGGAUCUAAGGGAUCUGCAGGGCGAGGAAAGUCUGCGAUUCUGAGAGCCCAGGUUGCUGCCGGAGGUCGAGGAGGAAGAGGCCGUGGUGGUGGACGUGGUGAUGGAGGACGAGGAAGAGGAAACGUCUUCCAGAGGAGGAGAUGAUCUGCCAAAAACCAUUAGAUAACCCUUGUACUAUAAUUUCUUUCUGCCUAUAUACAGUCCUUUGGAGCAUAUCUUGAAACAAAUAGUGAUUUUCACAGACUAUUAUAAGCUACAAGAAAUCCUUGAAUCUGAUUGGCUGAGACCAAAUUAGUCUUUGGAAAUCACCAGUUGACUAUCUCAUCAUAAAAUGUUCCCCUUGUGUACAACUCCACACAAGGUCUGAUUGCAUUUUUUCACUAAAAGAUUAUGUGCAUGUUCCCAUUUUGACAUAACAUUACAGAAUCCUGGAUCUAUGUCAACAUUUUCAUCAUCAUAAUCUUUGAUGGUGUGUUAGUGUACUGUUACAUGUUUGUAUUUGACAUCUUAACAGUAUCCGUCCAUCUAUUUCAUUUUCAAUGAAGACAGUGGUUGUAACUUAUGACAUGGACCUUUACUUCUUCCCCUUUUCUGUUGCAAACACAAUUAUCAGUAAUGAACAAGUUUAUGUUUAGUUUCAAGAUUUUGUUUACUAGUGCAGAUUUUCCAAGACACCUGACUAAAAGAGAUUUACAGGAAAAGAACAUUGAGCUCUUAAAAUGAAGAAAAAAAGAAACUCAAGGGAUCAUUGCAAGGGAUCAUAUAUGAUAGAAGUUGUACCUUUCAUGCAAAUCAGGUUGUUUUUUUGUGACAAGUUAUUUUAUUACUCAAUGUGCUGAAAUGACAUACUAUGUUAAUCUCUUUUCAAGGUAAGUGUUUGUUACUCAUCAAGCAUAAGGAAUGAAUGGCUAAAUGUGUACAAAUGCAUGUUCUGGGACAAGACUUUACCCAGACUUCAGUAGCUACAAGUUUUUAACACCGAGAUUGUGAAAUGCUUGUCAUCUGUUUUUAAUGUUAUACUUUUUAAAUUUCAUAAAGAAAAGGAUGCUUGUGAAUAGUUAGUUGUGAUAACAUGAAAGAAUUAUAGAAAAUUUUGGCCUAUUAAGGUCCAUAUUUGGUUGAUGGAAAUUGUCAGUUAUUCUUUCAUGCAUCUGACCAUUUAAUCUCCCUCUUUCAGCAUAUUUUUUGUAAAUAUUGGUGUGAUACUUUACAAAUCUCCAUCAUCAUGGAUUAUAAUUCAAGUAACAUCAAGUGCCUUGAAUUAAAAGAGUACAUUUUGAGAAGUAUAUAACUCUUCCCUAGUUGACCUCCAAAAAGUUGAAUAAGUGAAAGCAUAUCCAAUCCAUUAUUUUUAGUCUUGUCCAUUACUUUUUGGAAGAAACUGUACUUCACUUUUCAUAGCGUGUGGAUUGUGAUUUGAUCUCAGAAAUGUAAAUAUAAUUGGAAUAAUGAUAGAAUAAAGCACAGCCAACUUGAUUUCCAGUGAGGUAAUGUAAAAUGCAUUACAUGAUUUUCAUGAAGACCGAAGAACACCUGUUCUUGGAGGCCAUUACCAGUGCAUGUAAUUUCUUAUCCAUCCAUUUAUAGGUCAUUUUCAUUAUUGGCAGCUUCAGCACGCUCAGUUGUGCAUAUUUCUGAGUUUACUGAUCUCAGUAGUUGUGGGGGUCGGGACUCAACCAAUUGUUUUUCUUGUACUUUUGUCCAGUAUACAGGAUGACCCUUCAACAGUCCAUAAAUUUUUCUUGUACUGUACAAUCAACAUUCCCGACUUAUGAAAAGCCAUCUUUUCAACCUGUAAAUAAUCUGAAUGAAGCAAACAGAUGUGUAGGGGAUUGUACUUUAGUUCCUUUGUAAAAAGAAAACAAAAUGCUGAUAUGUAGUACACGUACAGAAAAAGGUUAGAUUCUGAAGGUUUUUUUUUACACACUACAUCACUGUAUAUGCGUAGUUGGUUUUUGAUAUCCAAGUACAACAUGUUUUUCGUCAGAUAAUCGUUUAUGUAAAUUGUGAAGUUUUGUAAAUUCAAACAAGUUGCGAGUGUACCAUAUUAAAUAUCAGUGAAUUUUUUUCAAUGAUA